AUGGCGACCAAAGGGGCAGCCAAUCAUUCUCAACCAUAUGCUGGUGAUAUCUGGAAACGACCAAAGACGAUAGCGCCUCCUUGGGCAGUGGGAGGAGGCCAAGAGCUUCUCGUAUCUUCUCCUGAGCCAGGAAGGAAGGUUUCGUUCCUCGUCAGCGGGCCGGCUUUCUUCGACGUCAACGACCCUCCCUCAACAGUCUCUCCCUCCUCGAGUGCGGAGAGCGAUGCUGCCAGCUCGCGGCGAUCGGUUCUCAAAAACAGCCGAACGUUUACGCCGAUGCCCACGACAUUGUCGGAGAGCAAGGAUCAGAGGGGAAGGAGCAUAGAAGCGCAACACGAGAGGAUCGAGAAUGAUGCGCAUAUGAACCAGGCGCAGAGGAGAAGAGGAGAUAGAGACUCCUGGGCUGAGCAGCAGGUGGAUGCUCGUGUUGUGUCUACCGGCAGUCACCACACAGGAAUCCUGAAUGAGAAAGGACCAGUUGAAGAGCUUCCAGAGAAUUCAGCAAGCGAAAGAGUGAGGACAGAGGACGAUGAGAGAAGUGAAAGGGUGAGGAUAGAGAAGGAAAGCUCCUUAGCUGAGAGAAGUGAAAGGGUGAGGAUAGAGAAGGAAAGCUCCUUACCUGAGAGAAGUGACCCGGAAAGAAAGCUUGAGAUUGUGAAGGGAGGGGAGAGCUCUAGCAAAGACGUGACUCAAAAGACUGCUCUGCCCUCCUCGUCCAAAGUACCAGCACCAGCGUCUUCGAGCUGGAGCGUCAAGGAGCUGCUGGUGCGGGCGCAGGAGGAGGACGUGGACGCGAUGUUCAACCUCGGGGUGUGCUACGAGGAAGGAAGAGGUGUGGAAGCGAACCCGAUGCUGGCGUGCUGGUGGUACUCCAAGGCGGCGGAGCUGGGAGAUGCGGACGCGAUGUUCAACGUGGGUGUGUGUCUGCACGAGGGGAUCGGGACGAAGAGGGACGAGCAGCGUGCGCUGGUGAUGUGGCGCAAGGCAGCGAAACUGGGGAAUGAGGAUGCAGUGUUUAUCAUCGGGAAUAUGGAGGACGAGAGGUUGACGCCUGUGAAAGAACCAGGAAGCUUUGAGUCGAUGUACACGCAGAAGCAAGACCGAGACACGCGCCUUGAAGAGAAUUACGAUGAGGGGGAACAGGGAGGGGAAAGGGAAGGAGGAAGAGACGACGACAACGAGGACGAGGGACAGGAGCUUGAACUGGAGCAGGAGCAGGAGCAGGAGCAGGAGCAUGACGCAGUAGACGAGGGUGAAGAAGAUGACGAGGACCUGGCUCUUGAACAUUAUCUCGCGAGGAAGAGGAUGGUAGAUGUGCAGCUACCCGAGAUCAAUGUCAAGGAGGAGGGCGAAGACGGAGGAAUGGCAGAGGAAGAAGGUGUCGGAGAGGGAGAUGAAGUUGCUGUUCCCAUGCCGUCGCCUCCUCCUCCUCUGUCGACUUCUCUUCCCGGGGGAUCAGUGGAGGUCGAUGAGCAUCCAGAGCUCGAUGGAGGAGUAGAGUCGACGAACUGGAUGGAGCAGUCGUUGAAGGCUCAGAGUUGUUUCUUGUCGCCUGAUUUCUGCCUGGCAGAGGAUUCAGACAGUCGUUUCCUCGUCAUGUCCGAUCUCUCCUCCCAGGUUCCUCACUCCCAGUCUCAACCUCUGGCAUCAUCCUCCCACCUUCGUAUGUCCAUGGGCGAGGCGCUUCCGAGCUCGAGCACGCUGCUGCCGAUCGGUUCGAUCUUCCUUGACGAGAGGAGCGAGCAAGCUACGCCAGGGACUUCGAUCGAGGCUGACGAGCAGGAGAAGCUCGAGCAAGAGAUCGCGAGCAUCGACGAGCUGAGAAAGAAAGUCCUUGAGCUUCGAGCACGCGCAAGAGAGCAGGAGCAACUCCUCCGAGCAAGUGCCCAGAUGGAUGGAAAGGACAGAGCUCAAGCUCAAGCACCAGCACCAGCACCAGCACCAGCACCAGCACCAGCACCAGCACCAGCACCAGCACCAGCACCAGCACCAGCACCAGCACCAGCACCAGCACCAGCACCAGCACCAGCACCAGCACCAGCACCAGCACCAGCACCAGCACCAGCACCAGCACCAGCACCAGCACCAGCACCAGCACCAGCACCAGCUCCAGCUCCAGCUCCAGCUCCAGCACCAGCACCAGCACCAGCACCAGCACUAGCACUAGCACAAGCAUCUGUUCUCUCUCCGACGUCACCUCUGCAGGAAAGCUUUCAUGGGGAGGAGGAGAUGAAGACGGCUGCUGGCUCGCAUGGAAAGUUUCGCGGAAGGUUAGGGAUGUUGUCCGUCACCCUCGAGUCCAGCGGGUCACUCCAGCUCCCCGAGUCUCCUGCUCUGUUUCCUGCUGCGUCCAGCUAUAGCACAGCAGAAUCCACGAGCUUGCCCACUGUCUCCUCCUCUCCUGACUCUGCCUCCUCCUCCAGCAGCAGAAGCUCCUCCAUGUCAGAGAGGAAGCGACGGGGGCGACUGAAGAUGCUAGAGCAGUCGCUCGAGGUCAGCGAUGAGAUGCAGCUGAUGAUGACGCCGGUCCGAUCACAAGAGAAGGAGGAGGAGGAUAUCAAACCUCGGAGUAUGGGGAGAGAUAGCUCCGAGGACAGGAGGGAGAAGGAGAAUAGCUUCCAAGGCGAGGCUGUGGGGGAGGCGGCGGCGAAGAAGGGCCAGGUUUCCACUUGUAACGGAUUCAAGGACGGGAGGGAAUUUCACGGGGGGCGAAUGGGUCUGUUGCAGAGCUACCUCUCUUCCAGCAGAGGUCUGCGAGAGCUGGAGGAGGAGGAGGGGAGAGGAGACGCUAGCGCAGCAGCGGUCCCUAGAGCGAAGCAGUUCGAUCUUUCCGACAUGAAAGAAGCAGAGGAUGAGAAGGAGACUUCAGGCAGAGAAGAGGAGGGAAGUGAAGAGGAGAGGACAGGAGAGGAGGAGAAAGCGCGAGUCAAGGAGGAGAUGGAGGAGCAAGAGGAGGAGGAGAUAGGAGAACUCGUGCGGGGCCUCUUCCUCAGCAACUCUCACUCGCUUGUCAUGGCUUGUCUUCGACUCAUGCGCAACAUCCCCAAGCAGAACAAGGCCUUCAAGACCCGCAUCGCAUCCUGCCCUCGCAGUCGCUUCCUCCUCACUGCUGUCGGCUGGCAUGAGGACACUGACAGUUGGCGGCUGCCAGCGGACGCGAAGCUGCGGAAGAUGCGGCAGGCGGUGGAGGAGAUAAUCCAGCUGGAUGCGAAGACGUCUAGCCCCCUAGCUGACUCCCCAGCUGAAAUCCCAGCAGCGGCUCGGAGUGAGGAGAGGAACAGCUUGGAGGCUUCGCUGGGAAGAGCUCGAUGCAUGCUCGAUCUUCGAAAGUCGCUGCAGGAGCUGAAGGUGGCGGAGAGUGCCUUCAUUGAAGCAGUGCUGCACCACCAACAGGAGGAGACGAGUAGCAAGCGAGAUGAGGGAGGCGCCUGCGUGGAGACGGACGAGGAGAAGGAGGAGGAGAAGGAGGAGGAGAAAAGAUCGUCAUCGAUCAAUCAUCAAAAGCGGGAGGAAGAAAAGAGACAAGAGGAGGAGGAGGAGGAGGAGGAGGAGGAUAGCAAGGAGGAUAGUAAGGAAGAAGGAGCUCUACGUCUGAUACAUGCUUUGAAGCCACCAAACCAGGCCACGUCUCCGCACAAGCAGCAUGCGCGGAGGUACAGGACGAGUCUGAGCAUCCAGCUGGGGCUGAGCCGGGGCAGCUGCUCUAGUGUGAAGACUGGAAGUCCCGCCAAGUCACAGCAGGGCAGCCGGCAGCUGCUGCUGGGGCUUCAGGUGGAGGAGAGGGAAGAGGAGGGAGCAGGCGCGCCGAGGGGCUACAAUCCCGAGGACGACGAUCACUGCCUGAUCGAGAGCCUCACAUGCGAGUCCCGUCCUCCUCUUCCUCCUGCUCUGGAGGGGACAGCAGGAAACGCGCUCUCCCUCAAGCAUGGAUUUUUCUCCCGGAGCUCGCGAGAGGAAGUGACGGCUGCGAGGUCGAAUGAUCAUCGAUGUACAGCGGCAGGAAAGGGAGGAGGCGAGGGAGGAGCAGGAGCAGGAGCAGGAGCAGGAGUCGAAGGAGCAGGAGGAGGGUUGGCAGUUGGAGAGCGAUCACUGGAGCUCAUCUACGACCCUUCCCUGGGCCUCUACUUUGAUCCCAAGACCAACGCCUUCUACGCUCGCAACCUACUCUGA